CUCCCGGCGCCGCUGGGGCCUCCGGCGGGGAGAGAGGCCCGGGCCGGCUGUGCCCGUGAGGAAGAGGGGGAGCAGAAAAGCGAAGCCCCAUCAUCUCUGACAGCAUCUUUGUUCGUGGGGCCCUGCCGCGGCGAAGAGGAGCAGCGAGUUGCCGGUGCUCCGGUUUAUUUUCGGGGCCUUCAUCCCUUUGCCUCCGCUUCCCGGGCGCUGUCUCCGUUCCUGUUUCUUUUCACUCCUCCCGGCUGGAUAUCUCGGUUCCGAAGCGUUGUUGGCGGGACCGGCGGGGCCGAGGACGGGUGGAAGAUUAAAGCAGAGGAAUCAGCAGGGCUCCAUUCUCCUCGCCUUCCAGAGCGGUACCAGCGCCUCGCUCUUGGGAUUAUAAAUGUUUGAACUAAGACCCAGGGAACUGGAAGGAGAGCCUCAGCCUCCCCUUGGAAUUAACAGAAGAGAAACGAAGGGAGGCUUUUCCAAAUCCUUCCCGAGAAAGCUUGUGCCGUUUUCACAUGCUGUCCGUACUCUGUUUAAUAAUGCGAUUGUGACCUGAGUGGAAUUUAUGAACGAUGAACUAUUGAAGCUUGUUGCACCACUGCAUCAAACUUCUUUUUUUUUUUUUUUUUUUUCUUCUCAGCACAUGAUUCCCCCAUCCCAUCUGUUGCAGGACCUAUGGGCCAGUAAUAGAGGGAUGGGAAGCUGAGACGGUUUAUAUUCGCGUUUUUCUGGGGACUCGGCCAGUUAGCUGAAGCUGCUGCUGCUUUUUACUGGAUCUGUUCUUUACUCGGCAGGUUUAUUUGUUUUUAUGUGCUCGAGGUGUUGCAAUUAAAUAGACAUUGAACUGGAGCUGAAUGGAUGCUUUGCAGUCCGAAAGCUUUUUUGGAAUAACAGAAAUCUACUAAAAACAGAGAAGAACUGGUACUGCAGGAAACCUGGGCCUGUUUUCCAAGCCUUUUUAUUUUAUUGAGCAAGAUGAUGUGUGAGGUGAUGCCAACCAUCAGUGAGGCAGAGAUUCCCUCUGGGGGAAAUGGAGGCCACGGUUCAGGUUCCCCCUUACAGUCAGAUGCUGAUUCCCAUUUUGAGCAAUUAAUGGUAUCCAUGCUGGAAGAAAGGGAUCGCCUGCUGGAAACACUCAGAGAAACUCAGGAGACACUAGCACUGACCCAGGGCAAGCUACAUGAAGUUGGGCAUGAGAGAGAUUCCUUGCAGAGACAGCUCAAUACUGCACUUCCACAGGAAUUUGCAGCACUUACGAAAGAGCUAAAUGUAUGCAGGGAGCAGCUGCUUGAAAGGGAAGAAGAAAUUGCUGAACUGAAAGCAGAAAGAAAUAAUACAAGGCUAUUACUGGAACAUUUGGAGUGUCUUGUCUCCAGGCAUGAGCGGUCUCUCAGGAUGACGGUUGUGAAGCGCCAAGCUCAGUCUCCAGCAGGAGUUUCUAGUGAAGUAGAAGUUCUCAAAGCACUAAAAUCUUUAUUUGAACACCAUAAAGCCCUUGAUGAAAAGGUGAGGGAGAGGUUACGAGUAGCACUUGAAAGAUGUAGCUUAUUGGAAGAAGAACUAGGUACUACACAUAAAGAGUUAAUGAUUCUGAAAGAGCAGAAUAAUCAGAAGAAAACACUUCCAGAUGGGAUACUGGAUAUAAAUCAUGAACAAGAAAAUACCCCAACUACAAAUGGGAAGAGAUCUUCUGAUGGUUCUUUGUGCCACGAUGAAAACCUUACUAAAGUGAUUGAACUCCAAGACAUCAUAGAUAAGCAAAACAAAGAGCAGACACAAAUGAAAGAACGUCUUACUGCUUUGUCCAGCAGAGUAACAGAGCUGGAAGAAGAUCUUGACACAGCUAGAAAAGACUUAAUAAAAUCUGAAGAAAUGAAUACAAAGUUACAGAGAGAUGUACGAGAGACUAUGGCCCAAAAGGAAGACAUGGAAGAGAGAAUUACAACUCUUGAGAAACGCUACCUCGCUGCACAACGUGAAGCUACAUCUGUGCAUGACCUCAAUGAUAAACUUGAAAAUGAAAUUGCCACUAAAGACUCCAUGCACCGACAGAGUGAAGAUAAGAAUAGGCAAUUGCAAGAACGACUGGAAUUAGCUGAGCAAAAGCUGCAGCAGACUUUGAGAAAAGCUGAAACUUUGCCAGAGGUGGAAGCUGAGCUGGCACAGAGAGUUGCAGCACUUUCAAAGGCAGAGGAAAGACAUGGCAAUAUAGAAGAACGCCUGAGACAGAUGGAAGCCCAGCUAGAAGAAAAGAAUCAAGAACUGCAAAGGGCUAGACAGAGAGAGAAGAUGAAUGAAGAACAUAAUAAACGUUUGUCAGAAACAGUUGAUAAGCUCCUGUCUGAAUCUAAUGAAAGGCUUCAGCUUCAUCUCAAGGAAAGGAUGGCUGCCUUGGAAGAUAAGAAUUCACUUAUUCGAGAAAUUGAAAAUGCAAAAAAACAAAUAGAGGAGCUGCAGCAUGAAAAGGAUCAACUUGUAAUAAAUGUUGAAGCAUUAAGGGCUGAAAAUGACCAAGUGAGACUAAGAGCCACAUCACUUCAUCAUAGCCGACCAGAUUUCAGAUACCCUGUGACAUCUUCCUCUGUGGGUGACAGUCACACAGACUCCUAUGGCACCUCCUCAGUGUUGAGGCGUCCCCAGAAAGGACGUUUGGCAGCUCUCAGAGAUGAACCUUCAAAGGUUCAAACCCUGAACGAGCAGGACUGGGAGCGAGCCCAGCAAGCAAGUGUGUUGGCAAAUGUGGCACAAGCAUUUGAAAGUGAUGUUGAUGUGUCUGAUAUUGAGGAUGAUAGGGAGACAAUAUUCAGUUCAGUUGAUCUGCUGUCACCAAGUGGUCAGGCUGAUGCUCAGACUUUGGCCAUGAUGCUUCAAGAACAGUUGGAUGCCAUCAACAAAGAGAUUAGGCUUAUACAAGAAGAAAAGGAAAACACAGAGCAGCGUGCAGAGGAGAUUGAAAGCAGGGUGGGCAGUGGGAGUUUGGAUGCCCAUGGCCGGUUCCGGUCCAUGAGCUCCAUUCCCCCUCCCUAUGCAAGUGGUUCUCUUGCUGGUUCUUCCCCACCUGGCAGUGGCCGCUCCACCCCGAGGCGGAUUCCACACAGUCCAGCUCGGGAGGUGGACAGGCUGGGGAUCAUGACACUGUCUCCAGCUUCUAGAGAAGAGGUACGAGAUGAUAAAACCACAAUCAAAUGUGAGACGUCGCCACCUUCUUCACCUCGAUCUUUGCGUUUGGACAGAGUCCAGAAAGGAGCUCUGCAUACAGUGAGCCAUGAAGAUAUCAGGGACAUAAGAAAUUCCACAGGCUCGCAAGAUGGGCAAACAAGUAAUCCUAGUAGCAGCAAUAGUAGCCAAGAUUCCCUUCAUAAAGCUCCCAAAAAGAAGGGGAUCAAAUCCUCUAUUGGCCGCUUGUUUGGCAAGAAAGAAAAGGGACGACCUGGACAAACAAGCAAGGAAAAUUUAGGACAAGUGGGCAUGGCAGAAGCAGAUAGUUCCUCUCAGGAUGCAUUAGGCCUCAGCAAGCUUGGAGGCCAGGCAGAAAAAAACAGGAAAAUGCAGAAAAAGCAUGAGUUGCUGGAGGAAGCCAGAAGACAAGGUUUGCCCUUUGCACAGUGGGAUGGCCCUACUGUGGUUGUGUGGUUGGAGCUGUGGGUUGGGAUGCCAGCCUGGUACGUGGCUGCUUGCCGAGCAAAUGUGAAAAGUGGUGCUAUCAUGUCAGCCCUGUCUGAUACAGAAAUCCAGCGUGAAAUUGGGAUCAGCAAUCCUCUUCACAGGCUGAAACUGAGGCUGGCCAUUCAGGAAAUCAUGUCACUGACAAGUCCAUCUGCCCCUCCCACCUCAAGGACGACCACGGGAAAUGUCUGGGUAACACAUGAAGAGAUGGAAAAUCUUACAGCCACACAACAAACGGAAGAUGAGGAGGGAAGCUGGGCUCAGACAUUAGCAUAUGGUGAUAUGAACCAUGAGUGGAUUGGCAAUGAAUGGCUCCCUAGUCUGGGGCUCCCUCAGUACCGCAGCUAUUUCAUGGAGUGUCUCGUGGAUGCUCGAAUGCUGGAUCACUUAACUAAAAAAGAUCUCCGUGGGCAACUGAAGAUGGUGGACAGCUUCCACAGAAACAGUUUUCAGUGUGGAAUUAUGUGCCUGCGGAGACUGAAUUAUGAUCGAAAAGAACUGGAAAGAAAAAGAGAAGAAAGCCAGAAUGAAAUUAAGGAUGUCCUUGUCUGGAGCAAUGAAAGAAUGAUCCAUUGGGUAAUGUCCAUUGGUCUUAAAGAAUACGCAAAUAACCUUCUGGAGAGUGGAGUUCAUGGUGCACUUGUGGCCUUAGAUGAAACAUUUGAUUACAAUGCAUUAGCUCUCUUGUUACAAAUACCCACUCAAAACACACAGGCUCGUGCUGUUCUGGAGAGGGAAUUUAAUAACCUUCUUGCUGUUGGCACUGACAGAAGACUUGAGGAAGAUGAUGAUAAGAGCUUUAGGAGAGCACCUUCAUGGAGAAAGAAGUUUAGACCAAAGGACAUAAGAGGUUUGGCUGCUGGAUCAGCAGAGACUCUUCCUGCAAAUUUCAGAGUUACAACCUCCAUGUCUUCACCCUCUAUGCAGCCAAAGAAAAUGCAGAUUGAUGGCAGUGUAUCAGGAACACAAAGAUUGGAUUCUGCUACAGUAAGGACCUACUCCUGUUAAAGCCUUCUCCUGUUUACCCACACUAUUUCUACCGGUGAUAUGCAGCAUUUUGAACAUUUGGAAUCCUUAACCUGUUAAUACUUGUUAAAUGGACACUUUGAGAUAUUUUAUUACAGAGUUUUUAAUUAGCAAAUAAAUUCAUGAGUACUAUAGAGAAAAUAUUUUAGAAUCUAAAUGUUUCUUAUAUUUAUGUGACUUCUCAUUUAUAUAGUUACUUACUUUUUCUGUUUCUAGUCACUCUACAAAUCAAAUCAUUGCUGAUUUUUUUAUUCUAAUUUUAGUCUUUCCAACUGAAUGUACUGUAAUGCUUGUAUGUAUAUGUCCCUAUAAGUAAUAUAGGGUUUUUGUAAAUUAUGCAGUUACUGUAAUUAUCGUUGUUUUUUAAUAAUGGAACUGAAGGUGAAAAGGAUUUUAAUACCUUUGUAAAAGUAUCAUGACACCAAGCAGUAUAUAUUUUGUCUUUUGGAAAUGUUAGCUUAAGUCUGAAAAACAAGUCCAGCUUUUUUUCAGGUAAGCAUAUGUUGUUGUAGAAGGUAUGGUACAUGGCUGUUCUUCUUUUCAGAACUGUACCUUCCCACGAGGACAAUUUGUCAAGUAGUGGGGAUUUGUCUUUAUUUAAAAUAUAUAAUGUGUUUUAAAAGCUGGGAGGAACUGUAACACUAUGGAGCACGUUUUAGAAGUGAUUGACUUGGUCAUAACACUCUCUCCUGUAUUUGUAUAGCAUUAUCUUCACAGUGACUGAAAACAAGCCAUAAACCAAGAACUCUUCUUAGUUUUUAUUUGGUUUUUUUUUUCCUUAAAUGAGGAAGGUAGACUUCAUAAUAAUUCCUGGUCGUAAUCCACAGGCCACAGAGAGUUUUUGUCCUAGACCUUUUUGAUUGAAAACACUUGUGAAAAGAUGCUGGUGAAACUCAUUUUAAUGGACCAAUUCUUGAAGCACUGCAGUCUUGCCUCAAAUGAGUAGUGAAAGGUGGAGGUACUGGGGGCUGAAAACUAAAGCAGUGCAACUUCUUAAUAAAGGCCUUACUUUUCUUAUGUAAGUCAUCUUUUGUGUUUUGUAAACCUCUUCUAAAGAGUUGCCUGGACUUUCAUUUUGAUGGUUGUAGCCAUUUUGGACUGUAUGAGUAGAAAAUGGAUCUGACACUUGUAAAUGGCAUAUUAAAAGCCAGCAAGAAUCUGUUCAGAUGGUGCAUUAUUUAUUAUGCAACAAUAUAUAUAGCAUGUCUUUUUUCUUAUUUUGUUUUCCACUUUUAACUUGCUUGUAAAACUGAAUUUCAUUGUUACUGUUCUGUUUUUCUAUUAAUCUUUUGUGUAUUUUCAGAUUAUGUAACAAUAUGUACAGUCUACUUUUGAACUAUUUUUAUCACAGUAUUAUUUAUUGCUUUCUUUCAAUAAAGUACUGAUGCAUUUUCCACUGCCAAUAAAACACUAUUGAAAAGCUAAGACAUAACUGUAUGCAGACAGAUACUUUUGCAGUGAGUGGAUUAUUGUCAAUAAAGCAUCUUAAUGAUUGUUUGCUGCCCUGUAAAUCUUGUUUCCAACAACAACUUUUCUCCAAUAGAAAAACGUUGUGUUAGACAUGACAUUUUCUUUGGAAUUGUUCGAGUUCACGUGUGCUAAUUGUUUGGGGUUUUUUUAGAGAAAACUGCUUUAUUGCCUACUUCUAGAUAGAGUAUGAUUUACUUUUUAAAAAAAUUAACAAAAACAAUCAUACAGCUUCAGUAUGUGCUGGUCCAUGUGAUGAAGAGUGAAGUGGUGUUCUAUAUAGCAGGAGCAGUUGAUUUGGUAAUAAAUGAGAUUAUGACCAUAGUGGUAUUGGAGGAGAAACACAGGAGUCAAGGGAAUUAAUACAAAAUUGGAUCAAAAUAGGGCUAUGUCAAUUUUUUUAUAUAUUUGUAAACCAUUUCUUGUGUAGAAGAGAAGACAGAAGGAUAAAGUUACAGAGUAAUGGGAGCAGUAAUGAAGCACAAUUCAUCACAUCCUCUAAAUCAACAGCAGGAUGUAGAAUGGGUAGAAUGGAGAAAUACUGUGAUUGAUGCUUUAAACAUUGUUCAGUUCUGCAUCUCUGUUUGUCUGGCUUGUCCAUAUGAGUUGCUGUCUGAUCAUUUGCAGUCUUUUAUAUUUUCAGAGAAUCUAUCUUUGUAGAAAAAGCUCAAGUGAAACUGCAGAAGGAGAUCCUGACUGACUGUUCAGCUAAACUUCACUGUUUAGAAAUGGCAUAGAUGUUUCUGGUCACUGAUGUGAUAGUAGGUGUUCAAAGUCAUGUAUUGUUGCUUCUCAAAAGUGAAAACAACGCGGAAUAGACUUGUAAAAUGUGAAAAGAAAAUACAUUUAUUAUUUUAAGGCUGUAAAACCUUAACUGUUACGGAACAAUGGAACUGACAUUGAGAGCUAGAAUAAAUGAGUGAAACAGAAAAA